GAGCAGUGCUUACACAGCUGCAGAGGAGCUGUCUGUCUGACAGUGACAGGGGAGUUACAGCACAGUACCAACAGUAACACUACUGAGGACUGAGAGGGGACAGACACAGAGGCUGGGAUGGAAGACUCUGUGCCUACACUGGCAUCUGGGCCCACUUCUAAUUCUAAUUUACCUAUAAUGGAGGAGUCUAGUGACAAACUGUUCUGCUGCCGCUGGGUAAGGCACAGAAUCCCCCUGGCGCAUAGAGAGGAGUUCUACCACAUUCUCCGGAUGACUGGACCCUUGCUGCUGUCUCGAAUCCUAAACUACCUGCUUCCGUUUGUCAUCACUAUGUUCUGUGGUCGCCUGGGGAAUGCGGUGUUAGCUGGCUAUGGCCUGGCCUGCGCGACUAUUAAUGUUACGACUGCAGCAACAGGAGGUGGACUUGCCUUAGCAUGUGACACUUUGGUAUCUCAGACAUUUGGAGGUAGGAACCUGCAGCGUGUGGGGGUGAUUCUCCAGAGGAGUGUGUUGAUCCUGCUGCUCUUCUGUCUGCCCUGCUGGGCCAUGCUCCUCAACACCCAGUCUAUCCUGCUGGCUCUGGGCCAGGAGCCUGAGGUGGCCAGAAUAGCACAGCUGUAUGUCAUCGCCUACCUACCUGCAGUACCAGCUAUUUUCCUGCAUCAACUUCAGGCUUCUUAUCUCCAAAACCAGGGGAUAAUACUGCCUCAGAUGUACACAGCAGCAGCAGCCAACAUCGCUAACGUGGUGACAAACUAUAUCCUGCUCUACUGGAUGGACCUGGGAGUUAUAGGGUCUGCAGCAGCUAAUACACUCUCCCAGCUCUACAUAUGUUCCUUCUUGUUUGCUUACAUUUAUUGGAAGAAGCUACAUGUGAAAACAUGGGGAGGUUGGACCACAGAAGCGCUGCAGGAGUGGGGCUCUUAUAUGAAACUAGCCAUCCCCAGUACACUGAUGCUAUGUUUCGAAUGGUGGAUCUAUGAGCUUGGGGGAUUCCUUGCAGGCAUGCUGAGUGAAGUGGACCUGGCUGCUCAACAUGUGGUCAUAAUGCUGGCUUUCAUCAACUACAUGUUCCCCAUGGGGAUCCAGGCUGCAGCAUGUGUUCGUGUGGGGAAUGCUCUUGGGGCCGGAGACACAGCUGGGGCCAUCCUCACCACCAAGGUGUCCCUCGCCCUCUCAGGUUCAAUGGCAGUAAUUCAGGGAAUUGUGCUGAUCUCUACUAAAACAGUGAUCGCCUUCAUGUUUACUUCUGAUGAUCAGAUCAUAAAUCUGGUCUCUCAACUUCUCAAUGUGUACUGUGUCCUUCAGUUCUUUGAUGGGCUAGUGUGUGUGUGCAUGGGCAUCAUCCUGGGCACGGGCCAACAGAAGAUAGCAGCGAUGGCUAAUCUUAUCACCUACUACUGUGUGGGCCUUCCACUGGGCAUCUCUUUGAUGUUCACAGCUGGCCUCAGGGUCCUAGGGUUCUGGUUAGGCCUGUUCAUCUGUGUAAUUCUACAGUCCACCUUCUUCAUCACUGUCAUCUUCAGGCUCAACUGGAAGAGAAUGACAGAGAAGGCUGUGAAACGAGCUGGAAAGGCUGGACAUAUGGUGUCAAUGAGGAGUAUAGUUGCACCUGAAACCACAGAGAACAGUGGAAGGACAGUGAAUGGAUACAUUUCAGUGAGUACUGAGGGCCAGGAAGACCUCAGGGGAAGCAAUGGGACCCCAGAGGUGAAGAGGGAGGAUGGGAGCCCCAAUGGAAUGCUUUCCACCACCCAGCUGGUCCUGAGGAGAGGUCUCACUGUACUGGCUGCCAUUGUCAUCCUGGCUGUGGGGACCAGUGUACAUCUUCUCCAGCCUCUACCAAUCAGCUCAUGGAGCAAUCUGAGUGUAGACUGGAGCAACACUACCUUUACCACUCCCUCCCCCCCUGAACUCGCCCCGUCAACAGUUCUCAUCUAG